AUGGCAGAAAUAGGCCUUGCCGCCUCGAUCAUCGCCGUGAUCCAGAUCACCACAGUUGUUGCUACGAAUGUGGUCAAAUAUGGCCAAUCGGUCAAAAAGGCGAAGCAAGACGUCGCGAAGAUUCAAGCCGAGCUGGGAGAUGUCGAACAAAUUUUACAGAAACUCAAGGAUUUGGUAAAUCAAGCAACAACAGGGGCGGAGAAGCCUGUCGACUCAUGGCCAUCGUUGAACUCCCUCAGCAGCCCCGAUGGAGCGCUGGAACAGUGCAAACUAGCCUUGUCGGCCCUCAGCGCUAAAUUAACACCUGUAGAAGGAUUUGCAAAAUACCGGCAUCGUGCCCUUUGGCCAUCAAAGAAGAAAGAUGUAGAGCGAUGCCUUGAGGAUAUCAGAACACAUAAGAGUAAACUAUUUGAGUUGUUAAACGCUGAGCACAUGGGGCAAUCUCUCGAAACCGGGCGCAUGGUUUCCGAUAUAUCCAAGAGCCUGAGCGAUGAUAAAAGGAACGGGAUCAUCAGGUGGCUAUCCCAGGCAGAUCCCGGUAACAAUCAGAUAGCAGCAAGAAAGAAGCAUCAAGACCAAACUGGCAAGUGGUUCACAGAGGGUGAGGAGUAUCUCCAGUGGAAACAAGAUCCAGACUCGUUUCUUUGGUUAUACGGCAUCCCUGGAUGCGGCAAAACCAUUCUUUGCUCCGAAAUCAUUGAGCAGACUCGCGAGUACUGCGCAAAUCAAUCUGCCGAUCGGGUCCUUGCUUACUUUUACUUCUCAUUCCGAGAUACAGAGAAGCAGAAGGUCGACAACCUCCUAUGCUCCAUUCUUUCGCAAUUGGCCCGCCAAGAGGAAUAUAUCCCGGAUGCAGUGAUAACACUAUAUAACAGCUAUAUGCAAAGCCGUCCGCCGACAGACCGACUUCUCGCUGCAAUCAAGAAUAUGGUAGAUGGCCAUAGGACCGUCUUCAUCAUCAUUGAUGCCUUAGAUGAGUGUCCAAACGAUAAUGGAGAACGAAGCGAUCUUUGCGACGUUUUGAGACAGAUCAACGAAUGGGCCGCAAGCAACUUGCAUGUUUUAGUCACCGGCCGAAGAGAAGUUGACCUUAGCGAGGCUCUUGACCCGCUAUGUUCAAUCCCGCCCAUCUCUAUACAAGGAGCGGCUGUUCGAUCCGACAUUCAAAAGUUCAUAUGUGCCGAGCUCGCGAACGAUAGGAAGCUAAAAAUGUGGCCGGCCGAAAUCCAAGCGGAAAUCGAGCGAGUUUUGGUUGAAGGAGCUAAUGGAAUGUUCCGCUGGGUCGACUGCCAAUUGGACUCCUUAAAGAAAUGUAUUACCCCCGACGAUGUGGGGAAGGCCCUGAAGUCCCUACCGAGAACACUGGACGAUACCUAUGAGCGGAUCCUUAUGAGUAUCCCUGAGGAACACCAGCAAAAAGCUCUCGUUGCUCUCCAGUGGAUAAGCCACACCUGCGAGCCCAUAACUAUCGAGCAGCUUACUGAAGCUGUAAUAAUUGACCCAACCGCUGAAACAGCGUUUGACCCUAGAAAUCGCAUUCCCGACCCAAGUUGGCUUAUAGAAAUAUUGUCCGGGCUGGUCAUCGAGUCAACAACGUAUCGGACCAAUGUAUUUUUAUUUUCCGAGCAGGCCUGGGGGGAACUCUCGUUCAUUGAAAUAGCCCAUUUCUCCGUAAAGGAAUACGUGAACUCUGUUCGGAUACGUUCUGGACCUGCACAUACAUUUUAUAUUUCCGAGGCGGAUGCUAUCGAAGCGAUUGUGCAGAGGUCCCUUCUCUAUAUAACGUGCUAUUCCGUGUCCGACAGAAAGUCAGCGUCCUCUAAAGAUCUAAAUGAGUUUCCGCUACUUGGAUAUGCGGCCCUUUGGUAUUGGCACUUACGGGCAGCUGAAGCUAUAAGUACAAGAGCAAACGAUUUAAUUUGUAAUUUUUUGGAUUCCGAGGUGUUAGUAUCUUGGAUUUUAAUUCAUAACCCUGAUAACGAGCUCACUUUUUCGCUAAACACCUUUAAAAUCGGAAGUCCUUUAUAUUACGCUACGUUGUUCGGAAAUAGUUAUCUUCUUCGAUAUAUCAUCAGCAAGGGUGCCGAUGUUAAUGCCCGAAGUGGAGCACUUGGUACUGCCCUUCAAGCCGCCGCAUACUAUGGGAACACGGCCGCAUAUCGUGGGAACUCGGAUAUUGUAAAGGCUCUACUAGAUGCUGGAGCUGAUGGUGGAAGACAUGGUUCUGCCCUUCAAGCUGCUGCUGCCGCAUUUGAUGGGAGUACAGAUGUUGUAAAGGCUCUACUUGAUGCUGGAGCUGAUGUCAAUGCACAAGGUGGAGAGUAUGGUACAGCGCUCCAGGUAGCUUUGGAGCCUAGGCGGCCUAUGUAUCAGGAUCGCAAUCAGGAAAUUGCGAAACUGCUACUAGCGGCUGGGUCCGAUAUUAACUUAUUAAAAGAUAACGAGCUGGCGAAAAUAGGGGAAAUAAGGGAGAGUACUUAG